AUGUAUCCUGUUCUUUUUAUCUCUCAUAGACAUAACCCAGCUGAAAAUGAAACAGAACAGACUGAAUGUCUGAGGCAAUGUGUGGAUGAAAACAUUGAAAGGAGAAACCACUAUUUGGAUCUUGCCGGAAUAGAGAACUACACUUCAAGGUUUGGACCAGGUUCUCCAACCACAGGUGAAAAAACUGAUUCCCAUGCAAGACCUUCUAAUCAGAUGAGAUCUCGGUCCCAUGAACCAGAAACCCUGUACCUCCACCAGAGGAGGUCCCAGGCACUGGAUCCUGGGCAUUUCAAUCUUCUAGACCCUUCUCAUCCAAAGAUGGUAGAACUUCAACAAAGGCAAAGAGGUCAGGAGUCCAACAAACAUUCUGUAAGAAGCCCCAAAGCUUCAGCUAAAAAUGUUACUGCAUCGAUCAGCCAACCAGGAAGGACACCAAGAAGCAAACCUAACCAUGCUAUGUCAAUUCCAGUGACUUCUCCAGCUGCUCUUAUGGGACAGGGUUAUCCAUACCAUCCUUUACCACCUCAGCAGCCACACAGAAAGAGCAAACAGAAAGCCAAGGAAAGUCACCAGAUGUGUAAAGCCUUCCAGUCUCCUGUAAAUGUUGUGGAGAAUGAGCAUGUGAGGGAUCUACCAAGCAUGUUACUUUAUGAAGGCCACACGGGACAUUUGAUACAAAGACACGAGCACCAUCAUCACCAUGAGCAUCACCACCACUAUCACCAUUUCUACCAAACAUAA